AGUGAGGUAUCGUGACUGAAAUCGCAUUUUUUGGAUGGAAUGUGGUAAAUGACAUCACCGUAAUCUAAGUGUGGCCGCAAGAAAUUGUAUUAUUCCUAUUCCGCGUCUAAAUUUUGUUAUAAUUAACUCAAUAUGAGUGGCAAAAGACAAUUUAGAAUUAAGCAUGAUGCCAAGAUGUCUAUGUUCUUUUAUUUUGAUGACUGGGAUGUCAUUGAAUAGAACUGGUGGAUGAUCGGUUAAAAUUUUCUUUAUUGAAAAAGUCACCUCAACUACUUGUUUAGUUACAUUGCUUUGUAAAGGCAACCGUUAUAGAAUCUUAAGAUAUUUGUUUGAAAAGGAAAUAUUUAGGGGCGUAGCUGGCGGGGCAAGUGUGUGUACCCCUCUGUUAUUAAUUUUGUAUGGUAAAUCUUCAGCUUGUUCAUAAAACCUGUACUGCGUUGGUAAAAUUGCCAUGCUUAGGUGAAAUGGCACCAAUUUUGAACUCCAUUUUUGUCUUUUUCGGUAUAGAUCACCCACCAAAUAUCUAGUCUGAGAUGUCAGGUUACACCGGUGGAACUCGUGCUAGGGAUAGAUAUCAGAGCUUCCUAAAAGUUAUAAUGCAAAAGUGCUGCCGAAAAAAAAUUUCAAUUGACGUGAUCUUGACAUUGUACUAUCGUAAUAUCCAGUAGGUAAUUUGAUUUGACGGUAAAAUGCUGCCUUUCGAACAUUUUAGAAUCAAAGAAAAGUUCCUGUUCAAUUUCAGUGUCAAUAGUCAAGCACUAGAAAUUGUACAUGAGACAGGACGUAUUAUUAACAACAAUCCACAAGUAUCUUUUGUAUAAUCUAUUUCUUUGAAAUCUUAGGAUUACAAACACAAUUCUGAUGAAAUUCCACCUAGUUUUAUCAGUGGAGUUGCAAAUGGAAUAUACUGGUCGUAUGUAACCAUGGGAACACAUGGAUAUGGUGACAUCACCCCGAAAGGUAUCUUGGCCCGACUAUAUGCAGUUGUAUGGAUUCUUAUCGGGAUUGUUAAUCUUGGCAUUCUUACUGGUGCCUUGACCACAGCCAUGACUGUCUCGCAAGUUUAUGAUAGCUCUAUGAUUUACGAUGUUGAGAUAGCUGCUGUGCAAGACUCCGAGGCAUACAAAAUUGGAUUAAAUCGAAAUGGGAAGAUGAAUAAAAAAAAUAAAUACAAGACAAUAGAAGAAGUGUCAUCUGCCUUAAAGAGGAGAGAAGUGAGAGGUGCCUUGGUUGAUGUUUACUCAGCAGCAAUGCGUAGUGACCUAUUCGACCACCCUGACAUUGUUGCCAAGAAGAAAAUUGUGUAUCCUAAUGCAUAUGGGCUUGUUUUCGCUGGUGAAUUGAAGAAUGCUGCUUCUGCGUUCAGGGAUUAUCUCAAUGUUAACGCUAAAGUAUUUCUUGACGGCAUGCAGAAAAAAGCAGCUGGAUUACAGGUGCAAAAGGAGAGUGGCGAGACAGUUUCACCCUUCGAUCCCAAGUCAAAAACACUCCACCGCACUUUUACAAUACUCUUUGUCAUAUUUUCAAUCAGUUUUCUGUGUGGGUUGUUGUUCAAUGUGUACAGAUCGAAUCGGAAAAAAAGAGUCGUCUCAGCAGAAGGACCAUACCAAGAAUUGAAACAUUUGGAAAGAUCAUCGGAAGAUAUUUUAGAUGGGUUUGAAACUUCUUCAAGAAAGAAAUUGGACACACUUCUAGACUUCCAUCUAAAAGAAAGAGUGGUUAUGAUAAAGAAAAUGCGAAAAACAGGAUCAUUAUCAGAGGAAAGACUUGAAACAAAACAGGAAAUGGAGAAUAAUGACAUGACUAACAGAGUAGGAAAUCAACAAAAUGAGCCCAAGUGCUUACUUGCCGAUGUAGAUGAAGUCCAGUAAUAUAUUUGUAGCAAAAUAUUUUUAUUAAGGCUAACAUCUCGCAGCGUGGUAGUACUGAGGCCUACAAGAGUAUUAUCUUGAAAAUACCAUCGUGUAUUGUUCAAUAUGUUUUUGGCAGAUAAGUCUUGGAUCAGGGCUUUGGAAAAAAAAUAUGAAGAAACAGUUAGAUUGUUUCUAGAAUCAUAGAUCUUAGCAAAAUUUUAACGUCCAUAGAUCAUCCUGUGAAAAUAAUUUUAGGGUUACAAUUAUUUUGAUUUUGAUGUAACAAACUUUCUCAAAGCACAGUAAAACUGAAAAAAAUGAAAUGGUGCAAAUGAAUGCUAAUGUAUGCUAAUGUAUUCUGGUGUUAUCACAACUUCUUUCAUCCUUUUGUUUGUCUUUGUGAUAAAGAAAACUUUAGUUUGAGAUUGUUGCCAGUAUUCACACUUGUAUUAUCAAAUUAUUGCAAUUUCAUAUUUGGAAUGUAGACAAGUAAGCAGUUUAGACCAACUGAUACUAUCGUAACUUUCAGUAGAAGGAAUUUUUUUAAUUGUUGGCAAGAGAUCAAAGCAUAGCGACAAAUUUGAGAAGAAUUGCAUAUCAACAUCACUAAAAAGCAAAAGUGAGAAGAAAUGUGAAUGAAACAGAUUAAAGGCAUUGAGUCAUGGUAAAUAGGCCUUCUCUAUAGGGGAUCAUUUAGUUUCGGCGUGAUCGCUGCUUUUUUCAUGUGAUAUUGGCAUCCAUUAAUGACAACUUUCUAUUGAUGAAAAUUGUUUUGUCAAUCAGUACGAGGUGUUCAUGUGAUCAGUUUAAGGUCAACCAAUAGCAUCGCAGUCAUGAAAAUCGUGACUCAGCGGAUUUUGGCACUUUGGGUAUACUCAAUCCAUUUUAUCAUGACUCAAUGCCUUUUAAGCCAGAAAAGCUUGUGAGAGCAAUAUGUACGAGAACUAUCGUUUCGAGAUAUUUCCCUGCUUACACUGUCAUGUGUAUAUUGCGAGUUUUUUAUAACCAGCAGCUGUCAGUAAAUUAUUCAAGUAUUUCAACGGAGAAAAUCUGUUGUGGGUCAGGAUUGAUUCGUUUGGCUAACAGCAGUCUUUCAAAAAUAUUCAAAAUCUAUUGUAAACGUUGUUUAAUGGCCAUGUGGAGCAAUUUGAGGUCACUUAACCUGCUUUUUGUGUCUAAGAGUUGGAUUUAAAUCAUUUAUCUUAAAUGAUAAAUCUAAAAAAAAUCAGACUUAGAACAAUACACUUGCAUCUUGGAUCAAUUCUGAUUGUUGGUCAAGAGGAAUAGCGUUGCAUCGUUUUGGAAAACCAAAAGCAACGUUCUGUUUGAAAAAUUGUUGAUCAAAUAUGAAGUUCAUUUCAGUUGGGUUUCAAAAUAUAAAAAAUAAAAUCAUAUCAUUGUGUAUACGACCCAAUCUGUGUUUAAUAUCAAACCUCAGCUUCUAAAAGUUUUAAAUUUUCUAUCAUAAUUUUAACUGAAUUUAACGAUUAACAAUAUCAAUGUUUUGAAAUUAAGAUCGGCGUGGCCUUUGCAAUUUUGCAAUAUCUGCUACACUGUGAUUUCCGUUUCAUUGAAGUACACGGCAGUGUAUAUUCGAAAUAAAUGUAAUUCGACAUCUUGUUGAAGCUGCUUUUUUUCUUGUUUUGUUUUAAUAUCACUCAAUAAACCCAACCAAUGCUGACCUAACAAACAGACAUUUAAACAAACAUAAAUAUUUGUAUUUACACAAAUGGUGAGUAAUUAAAACAUAUUUGAUAGCGAAAUCAUUUUUGGGUCGAGGCAAUGUUCGGGAAAUGAAUGUUACUUAUUAUUUGUUUAACCUGAAUCAAAUGUUACUUAAUAAAAAAUAUUUUGCCUAAGGGAAUCUCUUAACAUUUAGUAUAAAUAGCUGAGAAAAGAAGUGUCAAUGAUCAAAUAAAACCUUUUGUAUUUCAGAAUUCUCACGAUUUUUUACGUCUUUUUAUGUCAGUUUUUGAUGUAUACAACACGAGGGCCUAAGUUACAUCACAAUGAUGGUAUCUCAACUAAGCAAGGAAGCUGACAUAUGGAAACAAAAAGCUUCAAAACCUGUCAUAAAUGCUAGGAAAUAAAUGUUUAACAAAGCUGCUACAAUUCAGAAAAAAAAUUAAGACGUAUUGCAAAAAGCUGACCGAGAUAAAAACCUGACAAUAUAAACAGAAAAUUCCUAAAACACAAUAAGAAGCAUUACAUUUCAUGUUAACAGAAUUUGCCAUGAAAAGCCGCCCACUAGAAAUGCAGAACUGUGCAAGAUGUGUAACUUCUAUACUCAAAUAAACAUAAUCAUAAGCUCUUGCUCCACUAUCCGGCGCUUCCCUGCUUAUAAGAUAAGUGAUUUUACGACACUGUUUUUAAGAGUCUUUGUCUUUUCUGAAAUAUUGAAAAUUUACAAGGGCUGGAAUCUGAAACAAUAUGAAAAUGAUUUUAUCAAAAACUUUGAGAAUGAAAUGAAUUACAGAAAGAGGUAGGCAAUUUUGAUAGAGCUGGCAAGUAGAAACACCAACAAUGCAUUACUAAGGGUCCCAAAGUCACAACCUUUUCGGAACAUACUGAAGUCAUUGUCUCAAGCGAAAUCUUCAGAGCAUAAAACGUCAGAGCAUAGAUCAAAGUGGCUAAAUAACCAGUUAUGGAUCAAAAUAGGACAAUCAGGAACGCAAUUAAUGGUGGUUGAUGAUUGAAAAAUGAAUUUUUAAUAGACAAGCGGCACUAUUAGACGAACUUUACAGUCCUGUACGGUAUGUACAAUCUUUUUUAUAUGAGUGCAUGCUGUUUAUAGCUCUUAUAAAUCAUAAGAAAAGCAUGAGAAAAUAAUCACCUGGAGUUACUUGCAUACAUGAGAAACAUUGUAUAUCUUACUGAGUAGCAGCUAUUCAAAUUAACUGCAAACUGCAUGUAAUAUGGGUGAGCUUUUAAUUCCUUUAUUAAUAUUUAACUAAGAACUAUAUAGAGGCUGACGUUAGAUUGGAACAAAGCGCGAUGGUGCCGCUAAAGCAAUACGAAUGGUGCCGCUUUAGCAAUAAUCAAAGUGAAUAGCUACUUAAAUCACCAGUAAAGGGAUUAAUUUAUCGAUAGCAACUACUGGAUAGGGUCUU